AUGUACAAGGCCGUCAUCCUGCCGACGUUACUGUACGGAGCGGAGACCUGGACGGUGUACAGGAGGCAGGCACGCCGACUAAACCACUUCCACCUCAGCUGUCUCCGUCGCAUCCUGAGGCUGAACUGGCAGGAUCGAAUCCCCGACACCGAAGUGCUGGAACGGACGGGAAUUCUAAGCAUCUACUCCAUGUUGAGACAAAUGCAGCUUCGCUGGAGCGGCCAUCUGGUGCGCAUGGACGACGAGCGGCUACCCAAACGACUCUUCUACGGAGACGUCGCGACGGGUUCUCGUCGUCAAUGAGGCCAAAUUCGCCGUUACAAGGAUACCCUGAACUCCUCCGUGAAGCGCCUGCACAUCAACCCGACCAACUGGGAAGAGCUCGCCCGCGAUCGUCCGACAUGGAGGAUAACAGUGAAGACGGGCGCUGCUAUCUACGAAGCCAACCGCAUCGCCGCCGCCAAAGCGAAACGCGAAGCUCGCAAAUCACAGCUUCGCCCAAUACGCAACGCCGCCGCACAACCUCUCCCUACAUGUCCUCGAUGUCAACGGACAUUCCGGGCACGAAUCGGACUUGUUGGACAUCUUCGGAUCAACUGCACCUCUCGAACUGCUCCAGCCAUCGUCCCCCAGCCCGCCGUUUCCUCGUCCUCUGUGCCGCCAACUAACUCUGACACUCCGCCUGCACCACCACUUCCAUCCUCCUCCUUCUCCUCCACUGCCCCAGCGGUGGCCGUUCAGGCUGCCGUCUCACACAUCGCCAACCACGACACAACAACCGACGUCACCUCUCCCACCUCUCCCGAUACCACUGAUGAGGAUCAGGACUACACCUGCCCUCACUGUGACCGCACCUUCACUUCACGCAUCGGCCUGGUCGGUCACUUGCGAAUCCUCGAGAGCGGAAUUGACCACAAUUCCGAUACAGCCACGACAUCCAACACAUCCACCACGCCCAGACCCAUCCUCGCUCCACCGUCGCACGCGCCGACCACCACCACCGCCACCACCACCAACACCACUGCUUCCUCUACAGCUGACACCGACACCGCCAACCUCUCAUGCCCACAUUGUCCACGCACCUUCACCUCACGCAUCGGCCUGGUCGGUCACUUGCUAAUCCAUCACACAGAGACUGGCGAACCAGUGCCUGGAGCACCAACCUACACCCACCGCACUCGCCUCCACUGCCCACACUGCCCUCGCACCUUCACGCAUCGCAUGGGUCUAUUCGGCCACAUGCGCAUCCACGACGACCUGCGGUAG